GACGAUACCAUCGCUUCAACAGCAUCCUCUCAGACAAGAGCCACUAUUUCCUGAUUCAGAUCACCUGUUACUGAAGUUUAAAGAAGUGAAAAUAAGAGAGAGGAAUUCACCAAACCAAAAAGAUCCAAAAAAGCAAUACAAGAAGUGGAAUCUCUAAAAAUGGCUUCCAGUCACUGGAACGAAACCACUACCUCUGUUUAUCAGUACCUUGGUUUCCAAGUUCAAAAAAUUUACCCUUUCCAUGAUAACUGGAAUACCGCCUGCUUUGUCAUCCUGCUUUUAUUUAUAUUUACAGUGGUAUCAUUAGUGGUACUGGCUUUUCUUUAUGAAGUGCUUGACUGCUGUUGCUGUGUAAAAAACAAAACUGUGAAGGACUUGAAAAGUGAACCCAACCCUCUUAGAAGUAUGAUGGACAACAUCAGAAAACGUGAAACUGAAGUGGUCUAGCACUCUACAGAAGACAAGGAAAAUCUCUGACAACAGCUCAACCUCUUCCGAGAAAAAAGAAAAUCUUCUGAAGCCAACCACUAUUAUGAAACGGAUUUAGACUUUGAAUGGUUAAAAGAUUUCUAAUAGAUGGGAAAAACAAGUUAAUUAUGCACUGUUUGUGUGUGUAUCCCUUUCAUUAAAUAUACAGUAAAACUUCAUAAAUGUGAAUUUACCAAUCUAUUUGACACUUCAAAAACAAGAUAAACAAUUCCUAGAAUUCCAUAUUGAGCAGCAAAAGGUAAGCUGGAAAACACAAGCAAAGCUAAUGAUGCUAGAAUAAUUUUAUGUCUAAACAAUUCAUGUAGAC